UUGGGUAAAGAGAUUGAAUUGAGUCGAAUGAAAUGAACAAGUUUGUUGUAUGUCUGAUCUUAAUUCACAAUCACAUAUCCGGAAAAAAAUAAAAUUAUGGGAGAAACUUGAAACAGUGAAGAAACCCCAAAGCUGUAGCGGAGCUUGUAUCUGCUGACGCUGUCAUUUUGAUUUUUGAGUUCUGUGCUUGUUUUCUGGGCGUGCACCUUGCGUAUGCUAUUUGCAGUGCACAUGGAUUUUUAUUCCCUCUGAAGAUAGUUAGACAAACUAUUCUUUUGGGGAAAGGUCAAGAGCUGUUUUUUCAUCCUUUGGACUGCUAUUUGGUUUGAAUUCUCCUCUCAUUGUCUGAAAGCUAAAGAAAUGUCAGGUUCAAGGUUUCUCUUCAGUAAUGGCGUCCUUUUACACACCUCAAAUGCCCCUCCAGUCAAAAGCUUCCUUGAAUCUCAUCCAGCUAUCUUCUUGUCUAGGUGCUUACACAACUUCUCGUACUCACAACAAUGCCUCGUGGUUGUUAUUUUGGGAACGACACAUGAAAAGACUUUCAGAAUCUAUAAAAAUUCUAUCAAAUUUGUCUCCACAGCUUCUAUUUAAAUCUAAUAAUUCUGCAAUUUUGAUACCAACAUCAACAACCUUGUCAAUAUGGCAAUCCACAGUUCAGAUGCUUGUUAAUGAUUCACUGUGCAAAGUCUUGCCGAUUGCAUUGCAAGAGAGGAAUGAUUGUGAGGAGCUGGCCACUACAAUUCUUGUUAGUGGUAAUUUGGAGGAAUUAAAUGCAUGUGAUACUGUCAGCGAGGAAAGAAUGAGUAAAAUUCUUGAUGUGCAUGUGCAUGUUGAGACUUAUGUUCCUCCUACAUUUGGUAUUAGAGGAAAUGGUGUACAUUUGGCUGUGGUGGGCUAUGGGAGGCAUGUUGCAGCUGCAAAAUAUUCUGAUUGGGUAAGGAUUAGGAAGCCUCUGGAAAAGCUCAGGCCUCCCUCAGUAACAGAACUGUUGCUGUCUAAUGACGGGGAUCAGAUUCUUGAAGGUUGUGUGACAAAUUUUUUUGUUGUUUGCUGCAAGGACCUGGAUUCAAAUGAUGGGAAGGCCCUGUGUGAUUCUGGAAAUAAAUACUCUUUUGAAGUACAAACAGCUCCUAUCAGUGAUGGUGUUCUUCCAGGAACGAUACGCCAACUAGUACUUGAGAUAUGCAGGAGUGAAGGAAUUCCAUUUCGAGAGGUUGCUCCAUCAUGGUCAGAACGUGAAAUAUGGGAGGAGGCAUUCAUCACAAAUAGCUUGAGGCUUUUGCAACAUGUGGAUAAUAUUCAGGUUCCAACAGAAUGGCAAUCAGCCCAUUCUAAAACUUGGAAGGAUAUAUCAUGGACAAAAAAGCAAUUUCAGGGUGGACCUGGGAUGAUCACAACUGUUAUCCAGGAAAAAGUUAUGGAGAAAGCAAUUCUGGAAGGGUACCCAAUAAGUAACAUAUAUGCAGGUUGAAGAUCCCACUCUACGUUGCUAAUAUUGUAAUAUGAUGGGAGGAAACGGGCAACAGUUGACCUUCUCUUUCUCCCCCUCUUUAAUUGGUUUUUACAUCGGGGAUUCCAUAUUUUCUUACUUCGUCAACUAGAUGACACUGUGAUCUCUAGGAAGAUGGCCAUUUUCUUGAAUCUGAAUUCGAACUUCAUUAAUAAGCCGGAGACAGGGUAGAGAAUUGGAACACAAUAGAGAAAUCAAGUUCAUUUUACUGAUUUCUUGCACUAUUUAUUUACUUCAUCCUAAACCAAUUUUGUGAACAUUAAUAUCUGCUUAUCUCUGUUUAUGUGGAAAACGACAUCUUGAAAUAAACAGUAUAAUGAAAAGUACCUUCUGAAAAUU